UGUGUGUGCGCGUGUGUGUGAAAGAGGGAGCGAGGGAGAGAGAGAAAAGAAGAGGGGGGAAAAAGGAAAGAAGAUUUUCUCUAUGUAUAUAAAGAUGGCCACGUUAGCAAACGGACAACCAGACAAUACCAGCCUGAGUAGCAAUCACAGCAACCCCAGUACCAACGGGCAUAUGAACGGAUUAAACCAUAGUCCCGGAAACCCAUCCACCAUCCCCAUGAAGGACCACGAUGCCAUUAAGCUCUUUAUUGGGCAGAUCCCCCGCAACCUGGACGAGAAAGACCUCAAACCUCUCUUCGAGGAGUUCGGGAAGAUCUAUGAACUGACGGUGCUGAAGGACAGGUUCACUGGGAUGCACAAAGGCUGCGCCUUCCUAACAUACUGCGAAAGGGAGUCCGCUCUAAAGGCCCAGAGUGCACUGCAUGAACAGAAGACACUCCCAGGGAUGAACAGACCGAUCCAGGUGAAGCCAGCGGACAGCGAAAGCCGAGGAGAAGACAGAAAACUCUUUGUGGGCAUGCUCAACAAGCAGCAGUCAGAGGACGACGUGCGCAGGCUAUUCGAGGCAUUCGGAAACAUUGAGGAAUGCACAAUCCUUCGGGGCCCUGAUGGCAACAGCAAAGGGUGUGCGUUUGUGAAAUAUUCCUCACACGCGGAGGCCCAAGCAGCCAUUAAUGCCUUGCAUGGCAGCCAGACAAUGCCGGGAGCCUCCUCAAGCCUGGUGGUGAAAUUCGCAGACACGGACAAGGAGCGUACAAUGAGGCGCAUGCAGCAAAUGGCAGGACAGAUGGGCAUGUUCAACCCCAUGGCUAUCCAGUUUGGAGCGUACGGCGCCUAUGCACAGGCACUGAUGCAGCAGCAGGCGGCUAUCAUGGCGUCCGUGGCACAAGGGGGGUACCUAAACCCCAUGGCAGCCUUCGCGGCGGCCCAGAUGCAGCAAAUGGCAGCACUGAACAUGAACGGUCUUGCCGCCGCACCCAUGACGCCAACCUCAGGUGGAAGCACACCUCCUGGCAUCACUGCACCAGCUGUGCCUAGCAUCCCAUCUCCAAUUGGGGUGAAUGGUUUCACUGGCCUCCCACCACAAGCUAAUGGGCAGCCCACUGCAGAAGCCGUGUUUGCUAAUGGCAUCCACCCUUACCCAGCACAGAGCCCCACUGCAGCCGACCCUUUGCAACAAGCCUACGCUGGAGUGCAGCAGUACGCAGCUGCUUAUCCUGCUGCUUAUGGCCAGAUUAGCCAAGCAUUUCCACAGCCACCUCCCAUGAUCCCACAGCAACAGAGAGAAGGACCAGAGGGCUGUAACCUGUUUAUCUACCAUCUGCCCCAGGAGUUUGGGGAUGCUGAGCUGAUGCAGAUGUUCCUGCCUUUCGGUUUUGUGAGUUUUGACAAUCCUGCCAGUGCCCAGGCUGCCAUCCAGGCUAUGAACGGCUUCCAGAUUGGCAUGAAGAGGCUGAAGGUGCAGCUGAAGAGGCCGAAGGAUGCUAACCGCCCCUACUGAAGAGUUGUAGGAACCGCUGGAUACAAAGGACUAGCACAGGGCAGCUGCUGAAUGGGCCACAUUUAGAAAAUUAAAUAUAUAUAUAUAUAUAUUAAAAAAGCGGGAACUGUUGGAUUACACCUUUGACAUAUCAGCAAAUAUCAAUCAAGCUGAAGACUUCAGACCUAUUCUCUCUUUGAUUGUUUAGACUGUAACAUUUCUUCAAGAAAAGUAUCACGUCUGCUGACUUGGAAGGACGCGCGCUUGAAACAAACAAACAAACAAACAAAGUAAAUCAGAAAAGGAGCAAGAUCAACCAGGAUUUCUGAAGAGAGACUGAUAUCACCACAGCGGCUUUUCUUCAAACAGGAAAUGCAAACCUGGAUACUGAAAAAGGAGUGCCUGCUUGUCACCAAGGAUGCGGCUACCAUGUUUGACCCCAUGGUAACGGUCACUGAGCAUCUUUAUCUGUCAUUCCUUAGCUAUAUAGGGACCAAAGGACAAAACUUUUUAUCGCAGACUUGUAGCUGUAUGUAAAAUAUGGAAAUUCUUUCCUUUUCUCUGAGCUGUUCCUAAAACAGUUUUUGAGAGCAAUUAUAUGAAAUAUGUAAAAAUUAAAAAAAAAUGCUUAAAUGCUUUUAAAACGGCAAGAUAAUAGUUCUUUGAUACUUUGGGAGGUUCUUUGGUUAUACAUUAAUUAGAGUCUAUGAAACUUUCAUAUGGUUUUCUGUAUAAUACGUAAGGAUCGCACUGGUAAAGGCAGGUAAGAUGGAUAUCUGUGAAAAGCAAAAAAAAAAAAGUAAAUAAAUAAAUACAUAAAUAAAUACAUAAAAAGGCAUAGAAAAGAGAAAGGAAAGAUGGUGGAUAUUAAAAACAAAACAAAACAAAAAGGGUUUGUAAAUGCUUCUAACUCUCCCCAUUUAAAAAUCCUAAUAGUUGUACAGAAUUUAAAAAAAAAAAAGAAAAAGUUUAAAAUACCUAUAUAAUAGAAAAAAAAAUUAGAGAACAAAAAAAAACACAAAAAAGCAAAAAAAAAAUAAUAAUAAUAAUACAUAGAAGUUAGCGUUAAUGCUAAAAACAAAGAUGUUGUAGAACUGUAAUUUUUGUAGAGUUUAGAUUGAGCAUAAAUUCCUACUCUGCCAAUUGCUGUUGGAUGCUGUUAUUUAUCGAGGAGAAAGAGGAGAGAAAUGGCUAUUUUGGCAGCUUUUUUAACUGCAAGCAUUCCAGCUAUUAAAAACAAUAAAUGAAACAAAACUCGAUUCUUGUAGACAAUGCAAAUGGGAAAAAAAAACAGCUGUCUUUUUAUCAGACGUUAGUUCUAACUUGAACAACAAAACACAGCUAAACGCUUCAUGUCUUCAUGAUCUGCUGUCCGCAAACUCCCAUCAUCCUAUGCUUCAGUAGCUUCCAUAUUUGCUCUAGAAACUGUCAGGGCAAGGGUUUAGCCUAGAACCUUAAUCUUAAAAAAUAAAAAAAAAUAAAAAAAAUAAAAAUAAAAAAAUAAAACAAAAAAAAUCUCUUUGAAGAAUUUCUGAAACUGUUUACAAGGAAUUUUGAAAAACAGGGGGAUGUUUAAAAAAAAAGAUGCUGGCUCUGUUUUUCUGUAAAUAAAUUUGCAUAUUUUGUAGGACUUUUAAUUGUAAUGAUAGAGAAAAAAACAAGGAAAACUAUUUAAUGAAAGCACGAUAUUUAUCUUUGGUAAAUGACUUUAGAGCAGUUAAAAAAAUAAGACAUUGCUUUAAAAAAA